AGGAGCGCCCCCUGGCAUGCUCAGGAGCCUCCCAACUUUAACCAAUGGGCUCCAGAUAAUUAUCAUGGGAGGUGGGAAGACAGGCGGCAGGAUUACGGAUUUGCUAACAACCAGCAGUGUCGGCUGCCCUGGCUCAGCAGAGGAGGCAGUAGUUAUGGAGUCUAUGGCCAGAACAACAUAUCACAAUACUCUCACAGAGGCCGGGGCAACAGUUUCAAUAGACAAAGUCGAACACUUCCACCAAAUACUUUUAACAGGCCUUUGAAUCCAUUUCCAAACACAGCCAAUGAGCAGAAAGGUCAUCAGAGCGAAAGUCCUCAGAAUGUUGAGGGUCGAACCACAGAACCUGACCUCAAAGGUAAUAAAGGCCCCAAAGGCUUUGGCAGUAACCCAAAACUGGACAAAACCUGUCGCUGGUCUCCUUAUCCGGUAACGAAGGACACAGCGUCAACAGAAAAGAACCACAACACUACAAAGGCCCAGAAUCAUAACAGCACGUCAGAGAACAGUGCCUCAAACAGACUCUCCCAAUCUGAACAGAAGCUCGCACCGCUGCCCUCCAGUGGACUCGCUGUAAAAGAAAGUCAGAAGCACAAAACAAAAGUGGAAGAGCUGAAGUCGAGAGGUGAGAGUUGUACACGCAGCAGCAGCAGCAGUAGUAGAAGCAGCAGCAGUAGCAGCAGCAGUAGCAGUGCUCAGAAAGAAGGUCAUGUGACUCCUACAUCUGCUUCGUCCAGUCAGAACACGGCUGUGCUGAGUAAAGAGAAGAAGAUACCUUCACUUCCUACUCUCCUGUCUGUCGCUCCACUCAGUAAAGUCCUCAGUCCUGGUGAUGCUCAGUCUAAGCCUGUAGCAAAGCAAAGUGGACUAAGUUCUAAGGCAGCAUCUUUUGGGUCCCUCAAAUCUAGACAACAACCACAGCUCCCAGAAACCCUCUUCAAAGCAAGGUUGACAUCCUCAGAAAAGAGAAGUUCUCUGGACAGCUCCAAAAACAAGAAAGACGUGUCCCAGCCAAUCAUGGAGAAGCAGCAAAUGGAUGUUGCUCAGAGUCAGAUAGGAGUUAACAAAGAGAACACCUGCAGGCAGAAUACAGCUCCUCCAUACUCACCUGGUUCAGUGCGGCCAGAAAGGCCUCUUUUGCUCUCUUCAGAAAGCAGUCAGUUCCUCCAGUCUUUACAAGUGAGUACGUCCACUGUGGAGUGCUCUGAUGCUGCAGCCUCCAACAAGAAACAUGAAGAAACAAGGUUGAAAGACAAUGAGAAGAGCAGCUCAACAGACCCAGAUGAAUCCCUGCAGGCGGCUGAGGAAGGUUAUGGCUCAGGAAGAGAGCCCUGCAAAGGUGCUGAGGCACAGAGCAUCUCAGGGUCCAGCUCUAAUCUGUCCAAACUGGACCUGCCUACGGUCUUAAAGCGUGACCUGACCAAACACAUGAGCUCGAAGAACAAAACAGGAAGUCACGAGCCCAACCUGAACAUUGCCAGACGAGUGAGAAACCUGAGCGAGUCACGGCGGAGUGACUCCGAAAAGGAGUCGGGUCUUAAACCCACUGUGCGGCAGCUAAUCAGCUCCUCGGGAUCUCGACGCAACGUAAACUGGGAACAGGUGUAUCAGGAGGUCAGGAAGAAGCAGGACAAAGGGAAAGGCAUGCCAAGGUUUGGUAUCGAGAUGGUCCCAAACGAGGUGGAGGACCAGAGUCAGGAGGAAGACGAUAUUCCUCUGCUUGAAGGUGAACACUGGGAGGCGUUGCUCGGCAUUUCUGCUCCAGCUCCCAGAAAACGCUCCUUAUCAGAGAGCAGCCUCGUCCCUGAAUCCACCUCCGCCAUCUUCACAUCUUUAAUAUCAAAGGAGACGUCACAGAGAGAAAGCCUGAGCCCCAAGCAGCAGAAGCCUUCUGUCAUCUCCAUGGACACUUCAGGAAGCAAAGACGUUCACUGUCAACAGUUAACGGAGAGGAAAACUCAGAGAGAGCCAGAAAAACUGAUGGCAGCGUCAGUGAAGCCUCUUCAAAGAUCUGAUUCAGUGCUGGGGGACAGCAGUUCAGGGACGGAGCAGUUUGACGGCACAGGAACAGGGAAGAGACGAAGAGCAACCGUGGAUGCUCCAAGUACAGAUACGUCUUGUUUGGGACAUAAUAGUAAAAGACGGAAGGUCAAAUCCAAACAGGAGCGUUCACACAUCGACCAGCUGCUGGCUGUGUCCCUGCGGGAGGAUGAACUGAGUCGCUCACUGCAGACGACUGACAACAGCCUGAUCCAGGCCAGAGCUGCCUUGGAGGCUGCCUACAUGGAGGUGCAGCGCCUCAUGGUGGUUAAACAGCAGAUGACUGCAGAGAUGAGCACACUAAGGAACAAACGCAUCGAGCUGCUAAAGGGGAUGCAAGGGAGUCUGGAGGAAGCACCUCAGGUCACAGUCAAGGAAGAAAGAAUGCACACUACAGAUGCAGACUCAGGCAUUAUGUUUUCCCCUGCCAUGGACAUGUCUGCUGCUGAAGCCACACCUCCUGCUGUUGCUACUUCUCAUCCUCCAAAUCCAAGUCCCACUGCUUCACUCCACCACCCGCCGUCGCCCAGUCACUCCUUCACGCCUAUAAUGAUCAAGCAGGAGCCUCAGUCUCCUGUCCAUGCCACUCCAGAACUGGACCCAGUGGAGUAUAAAGCCCUCUGUGCUCACAGCACCACACCUGAGGUUCCUGUUGCUCCUGAAGUUCCUGGGUUUACCUCUAAGUCCUCUCCAAAAAGAAGCCCUGAUUUUUACCAGACCCACACUGACCACAGUUGGGAGAAGUUUGAGGAUCCUGGAGACUGCAAACAGAGUUUGUCAGGACUAGUUGAAUCAACAGAGAAGGCCAGUCAGACCGCAGGAAGCUGCCUGAUGCCUAUGUCUGACUGCAAACCCCUGAAGCCUCUCUCUUCAAGCAGACUGAGCUCUGAAUUGGACAGUGUUGCUGACUGCACUGCCUCAAAGUUCCCCGAGCCUCUCCCUGUGCCCUCAGUUUUUAAUCUGCCAGCUCCUCCUUCCGACCUGACUAAUGGGAAACGUGUGAGGAAGCUGAAAAAGAGGAAAGUGUUGAAGAAAGCUCAAGUUCCAGAGCAGCCAGAGAGCAGCGACACUGAGAUUGACAUAGAGCCCCUGAGGCGAAGGUGGUCCAGACCACGCCGCAGGCCCAGUGGAGGCUCUCAGGUGACCACCUCCAGUGUGACUGUGGAUGAAACGAACAUGGAGAACGGUGAGGAGGCACAACAACAGCUAUCACCAGCCAACAAACAUGAAGAAGCAGAGCCUCCAGCUUCUGCUCCUCCUGAGCUGACGGAGAACCUGGAUUCAGAGGAGAACAUGGAGGUCACUACAGACUGUCGGAAGUCUAACACAGAAUCCCACGCUCCAGAGCCAACUUCAGUCAAAGUCAAGGACUUCUCCAGAGCUGAGCUACAAAACCUGGCCUGCAACGAGGUCACGUCCACCAGUGACAUGGACAUUUGCAAAUCUUCUGAGAGUGAUCUGCCAUUUCCCAUUUCAAUGUCCAGGAGCCUGAGGAGCCAGUCAGAUGCAUCUUCUGAUCACGGUGGGGAUGAACUGGCCACUGAGGGGCUGUUCGAGGGCCACCAGGAGGCAGUGAAUGCCAUGCAGAUCCACAGCGGACUGCUGUACACGUGCUCAGGAGAUCGCACUGUCAGAGCCUUUGACCUGGUGAGUCAUGAAUGUGUGGCUGUGUUUGAGGGUCACAGCUCCAAAGUGAGCUGUUUGUUGGUGUCCACUGCUCCCUCUCUGCAUCAUCGUCUCUACACUGGUUCUAGUGAUCAGACCGUUCGCUGUUACAGUCUGAAAACUCAGGAGUUUGAGCAUCAGUUUUCUCUCUCAGACAGAGUUCUCUGCCUCCACAGUCGGUGGAGAACUUUGUACGUAGGCCUUGCUAACGGCACAGUGGUGACCAUUAACCUCAAGACAAACAAGCAGAUGGACGUGUUUGAGUGCCACGGGCCUCGGGCUGUGAGCUGUCUGGCCUCAUCUCAGGAGGGAGCGAGGAGGAUCCUGCUGGUGGGUUCAUAUGACAACACCAUCAGCGUAAGAGACGCAAAGAACGGACUCCUGUUGAGGACACUAGAGGGACACACCAAGACUGUGCUCUGCUUAAAGGUAGGUCAGAUGUCAAACCUGAGAUUAGAAUCCAGAUUUCCUACUGUCAGAGGGAAAUAUAAGUGAGAUGAUCUGUCCCUGACAAAUGUGUAUAUAUAGCUGUCUUCACGUGGUAGUAAAGGAUGUGGGAAACGAACACAAAGGACAAUGCUAUCAAUAAUUACCAGGAGCCUUACUUUCGAAAAAGUAUUAAUUAUGACCAGAAAACACGCUUGUUAGUUAAAAAAUCUGUGCAGGCCCUGAAAGUAUUUUAAU